AUGGAUAAUGAAUUUUUAAAUGGGUUAAUUUUAUCAUACAACAAAAUUUUAAGAGAAAUUAAAAUCUUUAAAGACGAACUUAAUUUUAUUAAAUUAGAAGUACAAAAUAAAUUUGAUUGUUGUAAAAAUUUAUGUACUAAAAACCAACAGCCCAGAAUAAAUAAAACUAGACUUAGAAGAAAUAGAACCUUAUCCAAAAAUAUGAAUAAUAAGCAAACUACUGAUUAUUUGUCUAAGGAAAUAAAUAACACAAACACGUCUUGUAAAAGCCCUGCUUUAUUAGAGUGUCAAAAUCUCAAAGACAAGAAGAUAUGUAAACCAAAAUCAAAAAGUACAAAUAGUAUUAAUAAGUUGUUAUAUUUAAAAAAAAGAACAAGAAGAGCUUCAAAAACCAAAGAUUUAGACUCUGCAUCCUUAGAAGAUAAAUCAAAAAUAGAUUUUUUUUUAAAUUUAGGAAAUGAACUAUUAAACUAA